AUAACGAAUGACCCAAGAAGAAAAGCGAGAGAGGGAAAUGUAAAAACGACUCUCUCAAAGUCGCAAGAAAGAGAGAGAGAAAGGUAUCGGGCGAAGACAAGCGACCCUUUUCAUCCACACACCCCAAUCCUUUUCCCUUUACACAACAUUAAACCACUCCAAAAAGGGCCACUCAAGCCCGCCACGCGCAGCCGUCCUAACCUUAAAAGGAGGUGGAGGGUCCAAGAAUAUGCCGAUACGGGCGGCCCACGCCCGCAAGCCACCAUUAUUGCCCUUGGCACUCACACUUGUCAAUACCCAAAACAGCGGGUA